CCAUUCAACAUCUGACAAUGACUCAGACCAAGAAAAGUUGAGCAGCUGCCAUGCACCAUUCAUGUCCUUUUUUGGAUCAUUGAGGAGACCUGCUGUUGACUUAAAACUCACUACAAGAAAACAAAUGUUGAAGAAGUAACCCUGCAAAUUUUCCAGCACAUGUGAAGAAAAUUUCCAUGGAAAAUUCAGUGUCUCCCACCAGUUGCAGCUUGGGGGAUUCUGCAGUUUCAGUUCAAUCUAUGUAAUUCAAAGUUAUCAGUUAGCUUUCCCAGCAUGGCAACUUCAUUGCCUAGUCAUUCUCUAUGGUAUUCACUUCUGCUUCAGCUGCUGCUGCUGCUGCCUGUUCUGAGUGUUGCUAAAACUCCUGUGAAGUUUACUUUGGGCUCAUCCCUCACUGCCAUAGACAACAGUUCGUAUUUGGCAUCACCAUCGGGUGAAUUCGCUUUUGGAUUCCAACAGAUUGGAAGUGGAAGGUUCUUGCUUGCUAUUUGGUUCAACAAAAUACCUGAAAAGACCAUAAUUUGGUCAGCCAAUGGCAAUAAUCUAGUGCAGAGAGGAUCCAAGAUUCGCCUUACCAGUGAUGGUGAGUUCAUGCUGAAUGACCCAACAGGCAAACAGAUAUGGAAAGCUGAUCCAGUCAGUCCUGGAGUCUCCCAUGCGGCCAUGCUCGACACUGGAAACUUUGUGCUGGCAAGCCAAGAUUCCACCCUUCUGUGGGAGAGUUUCAAUCAUCCAACAGACACAAUAUUACCUACCCAGAUCCUGAAUCAAGGCGGCAAACUUGUUGCUCGGAUUUCGGAUAUGAGUUAUUCAAGUGGGAGAUUCCUGUUUACAUUACAAGAUGAUGGAAAUCUUGUGCUUUCCCACAGGGAUUUCAGAAAGGGUUCUACUAGUACUGCUUAUUGGUCUAGCCAGACAGAAGGUGGAGGCUUUCAGGUUAUCUUCAACCAGUCUGGCCAUGUCUACCUUUCAGGGAGAAACAGCAGCAUACUCAAUGGGGUGUUUUCCACUGCAGCUUCCACAAAAGACUUCCACCAGAGAGCAAUUCUUGAACAUGAUGGAGUCUUCAGGCAAUAUGUCUACCCAAAAAAAGCUGCUGUUUCAAGUGCCGGUAGCUGGCCUAUGACCUGGACCUCUUUGGCCUCAAUAGCAACAGAGAAAAUCUGCACCAUCAUCAAUGCAGAAACAGGCAGUGGAGCUUGUGGCUUCAACAGCUACUGUAUUUUGGGAGAUGAUCAGAGGCCUUAUUGCAAGUGCCCUCCUGGCUACACCUUCUUGGAUCCACAUGAUGAAAAGAAGGGAUGCAAGCAGAACUUUGUCCCACAGAGCUGCAAUCAAGAAUCACGAGAAACCAAUGAGUUUGAUUUUGAAAAUAUGACAAACGUGGACUGGCCGCUGGCAGAUUAUGAACACUUUAAAGAAGUAACUGUGGAUUGGUGCAGAAAUGCCUGCUUGGAUGAUUGUUUUUGUGCUGUUGCUAUUUUUGGAGAUGGGGAUUGUUGGAAGAAAAAAAACCCUCUCUCAAAUGGGAGGUAUGAUCCUAGUAACGGAAGAUUAGCUCUGAUUAAAGUAGGAAAGGGUAAUUUUACUUGGCCACCAAACUGGGAAGGCUUCAAGAAGAAAGAUCGGUCAACUCUAAUCACCACUGGGUCUGUGCUGCUAGGUAGCUCAGUUUUUCUGAACCUUCUCCUCCUCCUAGCAGCAAUUAUGUUCAUCUUCUACUUGAAUGACAGAAAAUCAAAGGCUGUCGAACCAAGGCCAGCCAUGGAAGGAGCCAACCUAAGAAGUUUCACUUACAGUGAGCUAGAAGUGGCUACUGAUGGAUUCAAGCAUGAAAUUGGAAGGGGGGCUUUUGCAACAGUUUAUAAAGGGACGCUAGCCCAUGACAAUGGGGAUUUUGUUGCAGUCAAGAGGUUGGACAGGAAGGUGGUAGAAGGAGAGCAGGAAUUCGAGACUGAAGCAAGUGUAAUUGGCCGGACCAAUCACAAGAAUCUAGUCCAGCUCCUGGGGUUCUGCAAUGAGGGACAACACCAGCUUCUUGUAUACGAGUUUAUGAGUAAUGGUUCUCUAUCAGCCUUCCUAUUUGGAAAAUCAAGGCCAAGUUGGUACCACAGGAUACAGAUUAUCCUUGGGACUGCAAGAGGGCUCUUGUACUUACAUGAAGAGUGCAGCACCCAGAUCAUACACUGUGACAUUAAACCUCAAAAUAUACUCCUAGACGACGGUUUCACAGCAAGGAUCUCCAACUUUGGAUUAGCAAAGCUUCUGAAGUCUGAUCAGACUCGAACGAUGACUGGAAUCAGGGGAACCAGAGGGUACCUUGCCCCUGAGUGGUUCAAGACAGUGCCUAUUACUGUCAAGGUUGAUGUUUACAGCUUUGGAAUUCUGCUGCUGGAGCUCAUUUUCUGUAGGAAGAAUUUUGAGCUAGAGCUGGAGGAUGAAGAUCAGGUGGUAUUGGCUGAUUGGGCAUAUGAUUGCUACAAAGAAGGGAAACUGGAUCAGAUACUGGAAAAUGAUAAGGAGGCAUUGAAUGACAUAGAGACAGUGAGGAAGUUUUUGAUGAUUGCAUUCUGGUGCAUUCAGGAGGAUCCAUCUAAAAGGCCUACCAUGAAGACAGUCACUCAGAUGCUUGAAGGUGCACUUGAAGUUUCUGUUCCUCCAGAUCCGUCCUCAUUUAUCAGUUCAACUUGCUUCAUUUCCACUCCAGGAAGUAAUGGUGCUUGAUACUGGUCUGCUGGUGAAAAUGGAUUUAGUAGCAAGUAUUAUAUAGAUAUCCAGUUAUGUUGUACUUAAUCUAUGGUAAGCCAUGGUUUUGAAUCUUUAUCUACUUCAACUAGUAGUCGUGUUAAAUAUUGAUAUUUGUAAAAUUAUAUUUUCCUCUGGUCUAAAUUAUAGUAUCAAUAUUGUGAUAUUUUUCA